AUGACAAGGAGACGGCAGUCCUACGCCGCCGCCGAGAAGCUCUCGGCGCGCAUCCUCCUCGGCAACUCGGGCCACAUCUACAUCGCCGACUUUUACUCCCAUUCCGGCAAGUUCGAGCUCACCCUCGAGCAAGAGAUUGAGGGCGGAAACUCGUGGAUGGCCUUUUCCUCCCCCAACCUCUUGUACGCUGUCGACGAGAACUCGGACAACCUCCGCCUCUUCGAGGUCGACCUCAAGGGUAACAAGCUCACCAAGAAGACUGAGAGCAAGGAUGGCAGCAUUGGUGUCGUUCACCUCGAGUUCAACAAGGCCAAGACGCGUCUUGUUGGCGCCGCCUACGGCAACGGUACCAUUGAUGUCUGGAACACGGAAAAGGGUGGCCUCAAGUUCAUCAAGACCAUCAAGUCUCCUGGAGAGCUUGGCCCCAACGAGGAGCGGCAGGCUGCUUCCCACCCUCACCAGUCUAACCUGGACCCCUCUGGUCGCUACUUUGCUGUCAACGACCUGGGCACCGACUCUGUUGUCAUUAUUGAUUCCAAGAACGACGCCUGGAAGGUCGCCUCUAACAACAAGGUCACUGCUGGCUGUGGUCCCCGCCAUGGUGUCUUCUACCCCAGCGGCGCUGCCAAGGCCACUCACUACAUCGUUGGCUGUGAGCUGUCCAACACUGCCAUCGUCUACAAGGUUACCUACGAGGAGAACACCCUCGCCUUCACCGAGACCCAGACCAUCUCCACCUACGGCAGGGACCAACCCCCCAAGGAUCCCUCAAAGGCUGCUGUCGGCGAGGUCAUUCUGGCACCCAACAACAAGGACCUCUACAUCUCUAACCGCCUCUCGGGCUACGACACCGACUCCAUCGCCCACUUCACCAUCGCCAAGUGCGGCACCCUCACAUUUGCCGACAGUGUCUCCACGGGCGGCCUUCUGCCUCGCAUGAUUAGCUUCAGUUCCACCGCCCAGCAUGUCUUUGCCGGUAACCAGGACGGUCCCUCCGGUCUUGUUGCUCUCAAGCGUGGUAACAACGGCAAGCUCCAGGAGAAGCCUAUCGCUUCCCUUCCCGGCUCCAAGUUUGGCGAAGCUGGUUUCGGACCCCAGUACGUCCAGCAGAUCAUUUGA